AUGGAUUGGCAAGGGCAGAAGCUUGCGGAGCAGAUGAUGCAGAUUAUGUUGCUUGCAUUUGCCGUGGGGGCCUUUUCGACUGGCUAUGUUAUGGGAUCGUUUCGGACGAUGAUCUUGGUUUACGCCGGCGGUGUGAUUCUCACCACGUUGAUUACUGUUCCGAAUUGGCCUUUCUUUAAUCUCCACCCGCUCAAAUGGUUGGAUCCUAGUGUGGCUGAAAAAUACCCUAAGCCGCAGCAGCCGGAGCCUGCGGUUUUGAAGAAGAAAUCCACUAAGAAGUAGGUCUGUUCGAUUUGACUUUGUUCUCGUAUUAACACACAGUUUGAACCGUUGGAUUACUAAUUUCCCCAAAAUCAUGAUACAUACACUGUUUUUAUGGAUUAUAAUUUUGAAGUUUUAGAGAAAGACAUGUCUCUUUUUUGGUUUUCGCUAUUGAUUUUCAGUUUAUGGUUAAAAUAGAUUAAAUCUUCAUACUUUUAAGU